AUGUUCAAGACCCUCGCCAUCCUCGCCACUCUCGCCCUCGCUUCUGCGCAGGACUGUCCGCCUCCCACAUCGAGCAGCACUCCCCCUCCCAAGGCGACCGGCACGGUAAUCCACCCGAACGGCGACACCUCCAAGUGUCUCGACGUCCAAGGCGCCAACUUUGCCAACGGCACUCCUGUUCAGAUUUGGGACUGUAACGGAACCCCCGCACAGUCAUGGACGCUCCAGCGCGGUGCUGGCAAGGUCAAGCUCGCUGCCAACGGCACAAACUUCUGCCUCGACGCAGGCACCAACCCCGCGAAUGGCGUCGGUAUGAAGAUCUGGAGCUGCGUCGACGUGCCCCAGCAGAACUGGUUCUACACCGACGACAACCGUAUCGCACUCACGGGACAGGGAUUCUGCCUCGACUUGACCAAUGGAGACAAGACUGAUGGAAACCGCGUCCAGAUCUGGCAGUGCGGUACCGGUAACAACAACCAGGUAUGGACGACCAACGUCCUUCGCCGCCGUUACAUGCGCAGCUAA